CUGGGGCGGGGUCGGGCGCUCUAUAAGUUGUCGAUAGGCGGGCACUCCGCCCUAGUUUCUAAGGAUCAUGUCUGCGAGUCAGGAUUCCCGAUCCAGAGACAAUGGCCCCGAUGGAAUGGAGCCCGAAGGCGUCAUUGAGAGCAACUGGAAUGAGAUCGUUGACAGCUUUGAUGACAUGAAUCUCUCCGAGUCCCUUCUCCGUGGCAUCUACGCCUAUGGUUUCGAGAAGCCUUCUGCCAUCCAGCAGCGAGCCAUUCUUCCUUGUAUCAAGGGUUAUGAUGUGAUCGCUCAAGCCCAAUCUGGGACGGGGAAAACAGCCACUUUCGCCAUAUCGAUUCUGCAACAGAUUGAAUUAGAUCUAAAGGCCACACAGGCCUUGGUCCUGGCGCCCACUAGAGAGCUGGCUCAGCAGAUACAGAAGGUAGUCAUGGCACUGGGAGACUACAUGGGCGCCUCUUGCCACGCCUGCAUCGGGGGGACCAACGUGCGCGCCGAGGUCCAGAAGCUGCAGAUGGAGGCUCCGCACAUCAUCGUGGGCACCCCGGGCCGGGUGUUCGACAUGCUGAACCGCAGAUAUCUGUCUCCCAAGUACAUCAAGAUGUUCGUCCUGGACGAAGCCGACGAGAUGCUGAGCCGCGGCUUCAAGGACCAGAUCUACGACAUAUUCCAGAAGCUCAACAGCAACACCCAGGUGGUUUUGCUGUCUGCCACAAUGCCUUCCGACGUGCUCGAGGUGACCAAGAAGUUCAUGAGGGACCCCAUCCGGAUCCUGGUCAAGAAGGAGGAGCUGACCCUGGAGGGCAUCCGCCAGUUCUACAUCAACGUGGAGCGAGAGGAGUGGAAGCUGGACACACUGUGCGACUUGUACGAGACCCUGACCAUCACACAGGCGGUCAUAUUCAUCAACACCCGGAGGAAGGUGGACUGGCUCACCGAGAAGAUGCACGCGCGGGACUUCACCGUGUCCGCCAUGCACGGAGACAUGGACCAAAAGGAACGAGACGUUAUCAUGAGGGAGUUCCGCUCGGGCUCCAGCAGAGUGCUGAUCACCACUGACCUGCUGGCCAGAGGCAUCGAUGUGCAGCAGGUUUCUUUAGUCAUCAACUAUGACCUUCCCACCAACAGGGAAAACUACAUCCACAGAAUCGGUCGUGGGGGACGAUUUGGCCGUAAGGGUGUGGCUAUUAACAUGGUGACAGAAGAAGACAAGAGGACUCUGCGAGACAUCGAGACCUUCUACAACACCUCCAUCGAGGAGAUGCCCCUCAAUGUCGCUGACCUCAUCUGAGGGGCUGUCCUGCUACUAGGCCCCCCAGGAUUCAAUCUGGGGGGCUGAAGAGCAGCAGGAGGGGGGAGGGAAGGGAGUCAAGGGAUGGACAUCUUGUCAUUUUUUUUUUCUUUUUUUUUUUUCUUUGAAUAAAUGUCACUUUUUGAGGCAAAAGAAGGAACCGUGAA